AUGGAAGGAGCCAUCUCCAGCCGGCCAAACAAGAGGAUCGCCGUCGUCACCGGCGGGAACAAGGGGAUCGGCUUCGAGGUGUGCCGACAACUAGCCAGGGAUGGAGGAGUCACGGUCGUUCUGACAGCUCGGGACGAGACGAGGGGCGCGGGGGCGGCCGAGAAGCUCAGACCGCUGGGGGUCACCGACGUCGUCUUCCAUCAGCUGGACAUCACAGACGCUUCGAGCAUUGCUACGUUAGUCGAUUUCCUCGAGGCCCGUUUCGGGAAGCUGGACAUCCUGGUCAAUAAUGCCGGCGUUGGUGGGGUUGAGUACCCCCAAGAACUCGAUGCCAACGACGAGAAGUUCGCCGGCCUCGACUCCAACCAGAGACUUGAAUGGAUGGUGAAGAAUGUCCGGGAGCCCAUCGACGCCGCAAGGAAAGCCGUGGAGACAAACUACUAUGGCACCAAGCAUGUAAUCCAGGCCCUGCUGCCUCUGCUGCUGCAAUCUUCCUCCCAGGGAAGGAUAGUGAAUGUCUCCUCCGAAUAUGGACUGCUAAGGCUUAUUAGGAACGAGGAGGUGAGGCGGGACCUCAACGAUAUCCACAACCUGACAGAGGAGAGGCUAGACGAGGUGCUGGACAAGUUCUUGCAAGACUUCGAGGCCGAUGCGCUCGAGGCGCACGGGUGGCCCACGGGGUUCUCGGCAUACAAGGUGGCCAUGGCCGCCACCAACGCCUACACGAGGAUCUUGGCCAGGAGGCACCCCACGCUGCGCGUCAACUGCGCGCAUCCGGGCUAUGUCAAGACAGACAUGAGCAUGGGCUCAGGUGUCCUGACGCCCGAGGAGGGAGCACGCGGCGUGGUGAAGGUGGCGCUGCUGCUGGACGGUGGCCCAACCGGCAAGUACUUCACCAAAGGCGAGGAGGCGUCGUUCGUGUGA